CGGCGACUGUCCCCACUGCAGAGCCGCUGCCGAAAACUGACUUAAAGGGCCCGUGCGCCGCCGCCCCCUCGGCCCGCCAUGCUGCUACCCGUGCCGCUGCUGCUUGGCCUCCUCGGCCUAGCCGCCUCCGAACCCGCUGUCUACUUCAAGGAGCAGUUUCUGGAUGGAGAUGGGUGGACCGGCCGCUGGAUCGAAUCCAAACACAAGUCGGAUUUUGGAAAAUUCGUUCUCAGUUCCGGCAAGUUCUAUGGUGACCAGGAGAAAGAUAAAGGGCUGCAGACAAGCCAGGAUGCCCGCUUCUAUGCUCUGUCAGCAAGAUUCGAACCCUUCAGCAACAAGGACAAGACCCUGGUGGUGCAGUUUACCGUCAAGCACGAGCAGAACAUUGACUGUGGGGGCGGCUAUGUGAAGCUAUUUCCCGAUGGUUUGGAUCAGACGGACAUGCACGGGGACUCAGAAUACAACAUCAUGUUUGGUCCUGAUAUCUGUGGCCCUGGCACCAAGAAGGUUCAUGUCAUCUUCAACUACAAGGGCAAGAACGUGCUAAUCAACAAGGACAUCCGUUGCAAGGAUGAUGAAUUUACACACCUGUACACCCUGAUCGUGAGGCCAGACAAUACCUAUGAGGUGAAGAUUGACAACAGCCAGGUAGAAUCGGGCUCCUUGGAAGAUGAUUGGGAUUUCCUGCCACCUAAGAAGAUAAAGGAUCCUGAUGCUGCCAAACCUGACGACUGGGAUGAGCGGGCCAAGAUCGAUGAUCCCACAGACUCUAAGCCUGAGGACUGGGACAAGCCUGAACACAUCCCUGACCCUGAUGCCAAGAAGCCUGAGGAUUGGGAUGAGGAGAUGGAUGGAGAAUGGGAACCACCUGUGAUUCAGAACCCCGAGUACAAGGGUGAGUGGAAGCCCCGGCAGAUCGACAACCCAGAUUACAAGGGCAAGUGGAUCCACCCGGAGGUCGACAACCCUGAGUACUCCCCCGAUGCCAGCAUCUACUCUUAUAACAGCUUUGCUGUGCUGGGCUUGGAUCUUUGGCAGGUCAAAUCUGGUACCAUCUUUGACAACUUCCUCAUCACCAACGAUGAGGCCUAUGCUGAGGAGUUUGGUAAUGAGACAUGGGGUGUCACAAAGGCUGCAGAAAAGCUCAUGAAGGACAAGCAGGAUGAAGAGCAGAGGCUAAAGGAGGAGGAAGAGGACAAAAAGCGCAAGGAGGAGGAGGAGGCGGAGGACAAGGAGGAGGAGGAGGACAAAGAUGAGGAUGACGAGGACGAAGAGGACAAGGAAGAGGAUGAGGAAGAAGAUGCGGGCCAGGCUAAGGACGAGCUGUAAAGGCCAUGCUGCCUGCCUCCAGGGCUGGACUGAGGCCUGAGCGCUCCUGCCGCAAAGCCGGCUGCGCCAAAUAAUGUCUCUAUGAGACUGGAGAACUUU